AACUCUCCUCUUCUCAGCCACACACAUGAAAACACGUACUGUGUGCUCUCAAAUCCAAUUACGCAUCUCUGUCGCAUGCCUAUAAAGGUGGAAUGUUUUUCUUGUGUCCAACACCAAUCAGCUGGUCGACUCUUCACAGUGUCCUCGCAGUGAUUGGUCGAGAUAAUCACGAGGGUGGGAUGGGAUGUUCAAGAAGGCGGGAUUUGCGUCGUUCAGCUUCAGCCCCCGUCCCAAGUCAGCCAUACCCCCUGUAAUUGUUUUAGUCUGCUGCACGAGUGUUUAUUCUGCGAGGGAAGAGAGUGCAGACGCCUGAGUAGUGGGAACUAGUGUGGAUGAAGCAAGACAUCUCUCUCUCUUCCUCUCUCUCCCAGGCAAAGUUAGAGGUGACUUUGAUCCCGUACACCAGCCCAGACUCACAUUUUCGGACUCCGGCUGCAUCAGGAGAGAUUCGGGAAAGCAGCAGCAGGUUCUUUAGGAGGAAGGCGAAGACGAAGCUGCCCGAGCUGAGAGGUGAAAUUUGGGCAGGACGUGAGCAGACUUAAAUUUUGACAGCUUGCGAAAGAGGCGCAGACGACAGGCACCAUGUGUGACUGUUUUCACCUGGCAUUUCCCAACUGGCAUGCAUCAGCCACUGGUGGUGGGCACAGGCUGAAAGCUCCAGAGCAAGACACGGAGGAUGAUUUAGUGUGUGAGGAGCCUGAAGUUUUAGAGGGGGAAAGACCUCGCCCUCAGGGUUCCUCUCCCGUCGAGGAAUUUCCUACCACAGAGAAAUACGUCAAACAGGGUGAGGUUGACUUCUACGACUCACCGACCAAGAGUUCCAAAAAAGGCAAAAAGAUUGGUUUCGGGUCACUUUUUGAUAAGCGUUCCUCAGCCAAGAUGAAUCAAACAGAGGACAUGCAAAAUGAUGGGUCAGAAAUGAUAGUGAAGUCAGUAAAGGGAGGCUGUGCUGAAGGUCUGGUUGUAAGCGGAGGGGGAAAGAAUGGCAUCUUUAUCAAGGAAGUAAAACCAGAGUCACCUGCCUCAAAGCAUCUAAGUGUGAAAGAAGGUGAUCAGAUACUUAGUGCUACAGUAUACUUUGAUAAUGUGUCAUAUGAAGAUGCACUCCAGAUUCUUGAGCAUGCACAACCAUACCGAGUGGAGUUUUGUCUGAAACGCAAACCAGUUCCAACAAGAACCCAAGAAGAUGCUGAGACAAUGAGACCAGAUGUAGCCAUUGGUGAGGAGGCUAUAGGAGAUGAAGGUACAGGACCUGAGAUGAGAGGUCGAAGAAAGACCAAAAAGCAGCAUGAUCGUAUCUCCUGGCCAAAAUUCCCCUCCCUUACCAAGGGACGCAGGGCGAAAUUCAAGAGAUCUCACAGCACAUCCGAAGCUGAAGAACAGAGAAAAUUAGAGAUAAGCCCAACAACAAGUGACACAGAGUCUCCUCUCAAGUCUCCGUUAAAAUCUCCAGAUGAAAAAGACAAGAAAAGUAUGAACAAAAUGAAGCUCAAGAAGAUGAUGACAGGUCGCAGGAGCAAGUCCGUUGAAGAGACCUCAGAAAAUGAACAAGAGUUAAAAACAGAUGAUAUUGAGGUUUUGGAAAACCACAAUAUUAUGAAUAUAGCUGAGGAGCACAGCUUUCAAGAGUCAGUGACUAAUUUGGUAGAGAUUCCUAAUACAUUGGAUGAAGGUGAUAAGACUAUUAAAACAAGAAAUGAAUUUACAUUCACAACAUUGCCAGUAACUGAGUCGCUCCUUAAAGCUGAGCUCAUCACCUUGAACAAUACUUUAAAGACUACUGAUAUUACAGUUGCUCUUGGGGAAGAAAGAAGAGAGAGAUCUGAAAUAAAGAUUAGCAUACAAGGAAAGGAUAAAUCUGAAACAGGAACAGAGAGCCAAUUAAAAUCGUUCUCUAGUGGGAUUCGAACUUCUGAUCCAUCAAUAAUGAACAACAUUAUGACCAGUCCCAACAUAAUAUUGCAAGAAGAGGCUGUGGGACAUCAAGUGGAUUCUGAUAUCAAGUUGAUCAAUCAAGAGAUUUUUGAGAAGACUCAAGGGCCAGAAGAAACAGACAUGAAGAUACCUAAUAUUGAGGUUUCCAAUGACGUGUCAGAUAUUGAACUAACAAAAAGAUCCCCAAGGAUUGGCAGUGACAAGGUAAAGAAAGAAAUAAACAUUCUUGAUACAGAAAGUUAUGGGAUUCGAACCAGAGGGCCACUGGCAGACAUGGCCAUAUCAAGUCAUUUUGUAAACAAGCCCAACAGACUGGAGUUUACAUCAUCAGACCCUUUCACUUUUGAGAUUAAAACAGGGCAGGAGAUGUCCUCAACUAUCAUUGACCCAAAGAAACCAAGCACUCCAACACCUGUUAUAUCCCAGCCAAAACCACAUGUUCAAGAUAUAAAAAUCUCAAAUUUGGAAACAGACACUGCUGAGUUGACACAAAAAGCAAAUAUUGAUGCCAUAAUAUGUGAUCUUGGUAAGAUAUCAGAGGCUAAGUUUAAAUUGCCCAAGGUGGAUCUCUCUGAAUUCAACCACCAAGAAUCAAUAACUAUAAGCCUGAGGGACCCAACCAAAGCCCCUGCCCUGAAACGAGAUGACAUUGAGAUUCCUGGGAGGGAGAAAAAGAGAUCAAAAUCUGGUUUUAAGCCUCCAAAAAUUAAAGAACCUAAAAUUGAGAAGGUAAUAAAAAUCUCCAAAACAGGUCAAGCUCAAGGGGAACCUGAAGAGUUUAAUGUUGACGAUGUUAAGAAAGCAGUAUCAAAAUUCCCUGCAUUUAAAUUACCUGAGAGAGACAUUACAGGGGUUCUUGUACAAAGAGAAAUCGCAAUCAUGGAAAUGAAGACUGGCUUGACACCUAAAGGAUCCCCUUGUAAAGUUUCAAGCACGAGCACAGAAAUCAGUAUGCCUGAAAACACAAUCAAAGAAGUCAAACAGGAAUCUUCCUUUAUUGUUACAAAAGCAGAAAUCAUCAUAUUACCAAAAAAUGAAUUGCAUCUUCAUGAUGAAACCAUUAUAACUGAGAGCAAAACGGACCAAUCAAAAACCAAGUCAAAAGCCCAACAAUCCAAGUCUGACAAAAUGUUGGCAAGGGAUGAUAAAAUAAGUACGUCCCCAGAUGUAAAAUUCAAACUUCCAAAGCGGGAAGACAUCGAAAUACCAGGAAUGGAAGCAAUUGAGCAAUCAGUUCAGCAGCGAAAAAUCAAAGUAGCCACAGAAGCAGACACCCAAGAUGAGGCUGUAAAGGAUGGCACUGAUACAGAUGUAACUGAAAAGUCAAAUAUCAAGGCAGUCAGAGAAGGACACGAAAGUAAAUCAAAGAAAGCAAAGGUGUCCAUGCCGAGUUUCGGAAUAAUGAAACCUGACAUUCGUUUCCCAGAAAUUGGAAUAGAAUUGCCAAAAAAGACCACCUCAUCUAAAAGUGAUGAAAUAAAGGAGGUAAAAAGGGAAGAAAAUAUGCCCCUUGAUGUAACAAAGCAAAAAUAUCUGUCUCUUCAGGAACAUGAAGCCAUCAAACCAAAAAUCGAUAAUACAGAGAGUGAUGAAAUGCUAUGUCAUGAAGUUAGCAUAGCUAUUAUUAAGAAAGCCUCAACACAAGAUAAUGCAGAAAUGAAGAUUGCUGCACAUGAUCCUUCUUUGGAUAAGGCUGAAAUUAAAAGUAAGGACAUGGAUACCUCUCCACACAAAAUGAAACUGCCAAAACUGAUAAUGCCAAAAAUUGGAAUGAAAUCUAUUAAAGGAACAUCUGAAGCCAUUAUAAAAGAGGAUAUUACAAAGCAAGAAGACAACAUAAUAGAGGUUGUGUUAGAUUCUGAGAAAGGAACAUCUAAGGCUGACAACAAAGGAAAAAGUUCAGAAACAGACAAAACAUGGAGUAAAUUAAAAAUGCCAAGUUUAGAUGUUUCUCUUCCAAGUUUAGAUGUUUCUCUUCCAAAAGUAAAACUCCCUAAGAUGGAGGGGAAAUCAAAGAUGGAGGACACAAAGCCUGAAACUGAUGCAAGUAUUGAGUUAAGCAAAGACCAAGUAUCCAGAGACAUGCAGAUUGAGGCUGUAGAUGAUGCACCAGAGGGGACUGGAUUAAGAUUGGCCAAAUUUGGUAUCUCAUCACCAAAACAGAAGAAAGAGGGAAGUGGUCUGGUCAAGGGUGAUGGAAAAAUUGAGGUGGAGUCACAAGCAGAAAUAAAAGAACCAGAGUCUAAAAUGAAAAAGAGGAAAAUAUCAUUUCCUAAAUUUGGAUUCUCUAAAGCGGAAAUCAAAGUAUCUGAUGCUGAUAUAACUCUCCCAACAGUAGAAGGCUCAUUACAAGAGGAAGGAGCUGAGGUAACAGAAAAAUAUGUUGAAAGUAAGACCACAGAGGUGGAAGCAGAGUUUCAGGAUUCAACAGAUUCUCCAACAAAAUUCAGACUCCCAGCAAUUAAACUUCCAAAAUUUGGGAUUUCAUUUACCAAAGCAACCGAUGAUAGGGAGGAUAUUCAAAUUCCUGAUGUCAGCACAGAGGAAACAACUAUUGAUUUUAAAUUACCAAAAGGAUCUGGUGAACUGACAGCACUGCCCGAUAUAAAAGGUCCAGAAAUUAUUCUCAUUGUCUCCAAACCUGAAGCUGAAUUGUCUCUGCCAGAGAAAAAGGAAGAAACCACAGGUAUUAGCAUUCCAAAGGAAGAUGUUGUUUAUUCAGAACAGGAAAAAGAAAUGAAAUUGUCUCCAGAAAUGUUAUUUUCUAAACCGGAGGUUAGUCUGACAGGCCAUGAAAUAAAUAGAAAAGUUGGAGUUGUUGAGUUGUCAAAACCAGACAUCAAAGCUUUCGAAGUUGAUGUCAGUGUACCACAGAGUGAUUUCUCCAUGCCAGAAGGCAAAAUGGAUGAGAGUGUCUCUCUUUCCAAGGAUGAGGCUGAACAAAAAGAUCUAACAAUCAAGUUUAAACUUCCCUCUAUCAACUUGCCAAAAUUUGGAGUUAAAACAUCCAAGGUAGCAAAAGAUUUGCCAAUGGUGGACAUAGAUGCUGAAGAACCUGAUGUAAGACUGCCAGAAGCACAAAUAAGCAUGAAACUAAAAGAUGAUGCACCACUGGAUGAUAUCAAGGAAUCCACAGAAGGAAUCCAUCUGACCACAGAAGCGAAUUAUGAAGGUCACAGUGUGGACAUGAAAAUUGAAGAUGUGAAGCCUAAAGAACAAGGGCCUACAUUUAACCUGGCAAAAUUUGGUAUUAGCUUUUCUGGAGUAAAAGAUCCAGACAUUGAUAAUAGUAAAUUAACAAUAGAGGGUGACACUACUUUGGAAGCAGCAAAAAACAAGGUACAUGUGUCAUAUCAAGGAGACAAACCUGAGGAUGAUUCUAAAGGCUUAGAUUUAAAGAUAAAGACACCAAGCUUUUCACUUCCAAAAUUUGGGUUUUCAAAGGCUGAUUUUAGUCUUCCAAAAACAGAUGCCUCCAAACCAGCAGAGAUCAAAGAUUAUGAAGAACCAAUUAAAGAGACAAAAGAGCCCAGUGCUGAGUCUGAACAAGCUGAAAAAGUUUUGGAAGGAUCUCCAACAAAAUUUAAACUUCCCAAAAUUAAGUUUCCAAAAAUUGGUGUCUCAUUACCAAAGACAACAGCUGCUGACCAUGACAAUCAAAUACCUGGAAUCACCAAAGAAAUUAAAUUGCCAGAGGCUGAACUGUCUGGAGAUGUGCUAUCUGUUCCUAAAAUGGACACAGACAUUACUCUCAGUCUAUCUAAACCUGAUGUUGAUGUCUCUAUAAAAGAAACAGAAAAGAUUGACAAUGCCCCUUAUGAAAUAAUGGCAUUAUCUCCAGAGGUUAAGGUGGGUCUCGCAGACCAUGGACCUGGUGAAAAGCCAGCUAUAGGAGAUUUAACAGAUGGUAUCAAUGUGCAGGCCCAGAUAAUUGAUACUGAAGUCAAGUUUCCUUCAUUUACAGAAGAUGCAGACAUACCAGAAGACCCAGAAAAAGAGAGUGAGACCAAGUUAAAGAAACUAAAAAUAUCGUUUCCAAAAUUUGGAUUUUCCAAAUCUGAGACUAAGGUCCCAGAUGUUAACACAAGUGUCCAAAAAGAACCAACAUCUUUACCAGAAACUGAGAUCAAAGACAUUGAGGUGACAUUUCCUGACCCAGAGCUUGAAGUACAGUUGAAAACUAAAAGUACCACUGGUUCUCCAUCCAAGUUCAAACUUCCAACAAUUUCGCUCCCUAAAUUUAACAUUUCAAGCUCAAGAAUGGUGGAGGAAUCCAAUGCGAAGGCUGAUUAUGUAGAGAAGUCAAAAACAGAGGCAACAUCAGCAGCUGUAUCUGUCUCUAAAGACACAGAAACUCAAUAUACAGAACCAUCAAAAGUACAAUUUGAAAUCCUACCAGGGGAUGCAGAAAUUAAGACCAAAGAAAUGGACCCUGAAAGUCAUGCGAGUAGAUUUAAGAUGACCAAGUUUGAAAUUUCAUUUCCAAAGCUAAAAAGACCAGAAAGUAAAAAGGGUGCUUUAAAAACAGUUGAUUCUGUAGAAAAACCUGAAGGUACGCUAAUAGAUGACAUGGAAAUGGAAAGUCAUUCUGUUGAUGGAAAAGUAGAUGUUCCUGAGGACACUGGGGUGAGGAUGAAAAAGCCCAAAGUGCAAAGCUCGGGAUAUGCACUUUCUAAACAUGACAUUAAAGCUCCUGAGUUUAGUGUAAAGAGUGAUGGUGUGCCUAUGACAACAGAAGAAGUGGAUGUAAAUCAACCUGAGCAUGAAAUAAAAACGAAAACCACAGGAGGUUCACCACUCAAAUUCAAACUUCCCACAUUAAAACUACCCAAAUUUGGAAUUUCAUCUUCAAAGGUAAAACCUGAAGUUACAGAUCUGGGUGGGGAGGCACAACCUUUGGAGUCUGAAGUACUCACUUCAGUAGAAAUGUCAGAUGGAAAAAUUGACUUAACUGUGCCAAAUCAAGACUUGGGUUUUGAGCAACCAAAUGUUGAUACUGCUGACAUUUCUAUACUAGAGAUGAAACCUGGGAAACCUGGGUUUGAAGAUGGAGUACCUGAUUCAAAAACUAUGAAGACAAAGAAAGCAGGUUUUUCACUUCCUAAACUUGGUUUUUCUAAACCAGACAUAAAGGUCCCAGAGAUCUAUGUGAGUCUUGAACAAGCAGAUACCUCUAAACCAGAAGGUGGUGUAGAAAUGAAAGAUCAAAUUAUAAAUAUCACAGUGUCAAAGGAUCAGGUUGAACCUAAAGAUCUAACAAUUGGUAGUGACACAACAAAGUUCAAACUUCCAACAAUAAACAUUCCAAGGAUUGGAGGAAAAGCUGCCAAGGAAGAGAAAGACAUGUCAGAUGUUGAUAUCGCAGUUAAAGGACCUGACGCAAGCUGUCCAUAUACACAAAUAAAUGUAUCGGUUGAAGCACCAUCUGUUGAUAUCAGGGAACCUCAUCUGGUCACAGAGGGUCAAACUGUUACUGCAGACUUAAAUGUUGAAGAUACUGAACUUGAAGGGGGUAAGAUCAAGAUGCCAAAGUUUGGUAUUGUCCUUCCCAAAAUAAAAGGGCUUGAUUUAGGUACAUCAAAGACAGGGGACAUAGCUGAAGGAAAUAUCAAAGUACAGGAAACACCUGAGGUUGAUGUAAGUGUUCAAAAACCUGAUAUCUCUAUAUCAGAAGGUGGUGUGAAUGGAACGGAAACAAAAGUAGACAUUAAGGGGUCAAAGGUGGAGUCUGACCAAAAGGGCUCAACAAUUUUUGGAUCUCCUACAAAGUUCAAACUCCCUUCAAUUAGUUUCCCAAAAUUUGGAGUUAAAUCACAAAAAGCAGCAUUAGAUAUUAAAGUAAAUUCAGAAAUAGAGGAAACAAACACAAAAUGGGAGAGUUCUCAACCAGAGGUAACAUUAGAAGUGCAUCCAUCCCAUAUUGAAAUUCAAGAUGAUAACACUAAAACGAUUGCAGACAUGCCUGCAGCUGACUCCAAAGGACUGGAAGUAAAAGUGAAGAGACCAAGCUUUUCAUUCCCCAAACUUGGGUUUUCUAAACCAAACAUUCCAACUCCAGAACUUGAUGCCAGUGUACAAAAGAUUGAUGCAUCCAUACCUGAAAGCACUGUGGAUUUACCUGAUCACACAGCAGAAAUGACACUUCCAGAGGUAGGGAAAGAGGCUGAACAGAAGGAUCUCACAAUUGCUGGUUCCCCAACCAAAUUUAAACUGCCAACAGUUAACCUCCCAAACUUUGGACUCAAAACUUCAAAAGGCACUGUAAAUUUAUCAUCAGAAAUGAGUGUUCCUGAACCAGAAAUCAAAGUGUCAGCCCAAAUACCAACAAUAGACACAGAUAUACGAGCAAAAGAGAUUGAUGUGUCUGCCACAAUAAAUGAAACCAAUAUUCAUCUAGCAGAAGGGAGAAUAAUACCACCUUCAAUUGAUGCUGACAUUCAAGAUAUAUCCAUUAAAGGGAAAGCAGACAUACAUGUGGUCGACUCAAAAGACCUGGAUGUGAAAGUGAAAAAAUCUAGCUUUUCACUUCCAAAACUGGGUUUUUCAAAGCCAGAUAUUAAAGGCCAAGAAACGGAUGUCAGUCAAUUAAAAACUGAAAUGUCUAUGGUAGAGGGCAACAUAACCGUUGAGGACCAAGGUGCAGAUAUUACCUUCCCAGGUGCUUUGAAUGAACAAGACGCAAUAGAUGUUUCCCAGACGAAAUUUAAGAUGCCCUUAAUAAGCUUUCCAAAGAUUGGAAUGAAAUAUCCAAAGGCAGGAGCUGAUAUUCCAACAGCAGAUCUUGAUAUCAAAGAACCUGAAAUCAGUUUUCCAGAAACAGGAGAGAUUGAAAUUAAAACAAGUAUGGUCAUUAAGGGGUCCUCUGCUAAAGUGGACAUUAAAACCAAAGAGACUGACAUUGAUGGGCUGGGAGGCAAAUUCAAGCUACCAAAAUUUGGAAUUGGCAUGCAGAAAGUAAAGGAGACAGAGAUGGAAGGUAAAGAAAAAGAGGUCCAACAGCCCAUUUGUGAAAUUAAGGAUGUAACAUUUGAGAAGAAAGUAGACAGAGUUGAAAUGGAUUCUAAAGGGCUCAAGAUUAAUCUUCCCAAAAUUGGAUCAAAACAAGAGCUUAAGGCUCCUGAAGUCGACGUGAGUCUGCCCAAGGUUGACACAGGCAUAUCAAUGGAAAUUGCUGAUGUUUCACAUCAAUCUGCAGAUAUUACAUCUCCAACCAGAUUUAAACUUCCAACAAUUCAUUUCCCAAAAUUUGGAAUCAAAGCAUCAAAGGGCAAAGUAGAUAGUCCUACAACAAAUGUGGACAUUAAAGAGGCUGAGGUUAGCCUUCCUGAUGAGAACAUUAACAAAUCGGCCGAAGCACCAUCUGUAGACAUAAAAGGCCCAACAGUAAAUGCCGAGGAUAUAUCCAUUGAGGUGAACAUUAAGGGUAAAGAUGUUGAUGAAGAGCAACAUGAGGGAAAAUUUAAAUUUCCAAAAUUUGGGAUUACUCUCCCUAAAAUUAAAGGUCCAGACAGUGAAAUUAUGACUGAAGCAAAAACAGGAGACAGUGAGAAAGACAUUAAGUCACCAGAGGUUGAAACUGACACGACAAGUGCAAAAUUUGGCUCCCCAACAAAAUUCAAACUCCCAACAAUAAAACUACCCAAAUUUGGGAUUUCCAUUCCAAAGGUCACUGCCAGUACACCAAAGGCGGAUGCUGACAUACUGGAUACUAAAGUUAGUUCAGUUGAUAUAGAGGUAGAGACACCAAAGAUGGAUCCUUUAGAUGACAUUAAAGUCAAAACUGCAGUAAUUGAGACAAAAUCUGUUGAAACAAAUGUAGAAGCAAAAGGAACUCAAGAGGGGCAGGAAAAUAAAUUUAAACUUCCAAAAUUUGAGGUUAAGACAGGAGCACCUGAAACUGGGAUCAUUGAACCUGAAAUUAAGAUCCCAGCAGAGGAUGUAAGUGUUCCAAGAGUAGAUACAGCUCUACCAGAGGGAAGUGUCAGCAUUCAAAAACCAGAAGAGACAGAACUGAAAGAUGAAAAAGCUACUUCAGGUUCGCCAAGUAAAUUCAAAUUUCCUAGUUUUAAAAUGCCUAGAUUUGGAAUUUCAGCUCAUAAAUCUUCUGACAUAAAAGCUGAAGUGACAGAGGUAGAUUCACCAGAUAUUAAAACUGACCUAAAUGUUGAAGAUAAGCCUAUACAUGUUUCUAAAGAUACACACAUAGAGGGUGAAAUUAAAGAAACAACUGAACAGGCUCCAGAGGCUGUUGUCAAAAAAACGGAUGGCAACAAAGGCUCACCAAGCAAAUUCAAACUUCCUAGCAUUAAAAUGCCAAAGAUUAACAUUUCAAGAACAAAAUCUCAGGAUGAAGAUGAUGCAACCAUAAAAGCCAGUGCUCCAGAAAUGAAAGAAGAAGACGAAAAGAUUAAAGUAGAUGAUUUGCAGGGGCCUGAUAAAUCACCUAAAUUUACAAUGCCUGCCAUUGGGGAUGUUUUCAAGGGUUUUGAAGUUGAAUUUAAUGUUCCAACACUAGAGGAAAUGGAAGCAAAGAAGGACAAACCAUCAGGAAAGAAAGAGUCAGAGUCUGGAGACAAAGCUGAGGAAUCACCAGAACAUAAGAAUAGGGAAGCUCAAGACAAAUCGAGGUUUAAAUUCAAAUUUCCAAAAUUAGGAUUCAGCCAGUCCUCAGAUGAAAGCGAUAAGUUAGCGGAUGCUAGGUUUGAAGAAAGUGAAAAGCACAUCGAGCCUCCAGCAGACCAGAAAGAAGAGGGUGACAAAGAACACACAAAAACCGAGAAGGGAGGCUGGUUCAAAUUUCCCAAAUUUUCUUCUCCAACCAAAACAACAAAAAUCACAGAGAAAGAAAUAAUUCAGCCAAGUGAAGCGGUUAAGAAGAGUCAGAUAAAUGAUGAUGUUGAAAAAGAAUCAAACAAGGAGCCUGAGAAGAGCCCCAUGAGUGAGAUUGUGGAGGAGAACAUUAGCCCGACAUUGUCACUGAGGUCAUCUGAAGCUUUUGCAGAUAUAAGUUCCACUUUAACCACUGAGCAGAUUGCCCCGUCACAGACCUUCCCUACAAAAGUGAAAGUGAAAUAUGGUGAAUCCACUGCCACUGUUGGGGUCAAAGACACAAAGGUACAAAGUGAUGUCGUGACAUCCACAGCCAGAUGUGAACUGAUCUCGAUGGAGCCUCACCAGCCAGAGAAAGUAAAUAUCCCAUUCUCAUCUGAUGCGUCCUCGCCCUCAGUGGACACUUUUAAACAGAUGUCAGGGGAAAUUCAUGUCAUCACAUCCAACAUACAGGCUAUAUCAGAAACACACCAAGCUUCAAUCCUCACUAACCUAGAAGCACGUGGAAUUCACACCUCGCCUUUAGAAGUAACGCAAAGAUCAGACUCAGUGUUGACAGUGGAGGAAACAAGAGUGCAAAGUGCAACACACACUUUGGUCGAAAGGCAUGUUGUGAAAGAGACAUUAGGCGAUGGAAAGGAGACGAUACUUGUGACACAUACAACACGUGUACUUGAAGGAGACGCUGCAGAACCUAUUUCUGAUGAGACUGCUUCUUCCAUUCGUAGGCUGAGAGACACAGUACACACUGAGAAAAUGAGGUUUUUUGACAGCAUAGCCACAACUGAAGAGGUCAGAGUAACAAGCUCUGAAAUAUCUAUAAGACACAUGGAUUCCUCAACCGAUGAGAAUGGAGGAAAAUGAACAUGACACAUGGCUGUAAAUUAAAUUAGUUGAUUGUAUGCUUUCGAAUGUAUGUUUCAGUGUUCUCUUCUAUAACCAUAUACACAUAAGCCAGAUAAAUUGUAAUGCUAUCACGCAGCGCUGACAAUUAUUAACAUACCACAUAGAGUGUUGUUUAGCUAAUAGAGUGUUUACAAUUUCAAAAAGUAUGUAAUAUGUAAAAUCUGGAAAUAUGCCUACAUUAGAACUUCAUGUGCGGUGCUCAGUGCGCUUUGCUGUAAAACUAUUAUCAUGUGAAUACUGUUUACAGUGCAAACUUAAUAUUCAAGCAAACAUCAUUUAAAUAGCUACAAAUAACUUACAAUUACUGUAUACAGCAGGCGUGGCUUUUAAAGAUAUCUUAAAGAUAGGCGUAUACAGUAUAUAUAUAUCUAUUUUGACAAAAAUAUUGAAUUGCAUAUUAAAUCAGUCACUGCAGCCUUGAAAACAAAAUGAAAAGAAAUAUGUAAAUAUGUUUUAUUCAGUUCUCUGCAUAUUUUAAAGUAUAAAUCAGUUUCUUAAUAAGCAAUGACUUUUAACAUAUGUAAUCAACUGAAUCAUAUUAAUGUUGUAAAAGAAACUGGUCACUGCAAAAAGAAUAAAAAGUAAAAGUGAAACCAACUAUGCUUUAUGGUCUGGCUUCGUAUGUGAACAUUUAAACAAAAUGUAAAAUUCUGUCAGUUUGUUUACUUAAUUAUACUAUAUUUUGUGGCAAUAUUGGUGAAGGACAGAUUUCAAAGAUAAUCUACCCGAUAAUUACAAAAUCUGAUAAUAAAUGGUGGUGUUAA